AUGGCCCCAGCCCCAAAAGGAGGAGACCGCGAUGGCGGUCCACGCAGAUUUGCUUACAAUAUAGACGCCGCCCGCGAGCGAGAAAUGCACCUAUAUCUUCCAUAUUGGGGCUUUUCAGAAUCCGAGAAAUUCGCGCAGCAGUCCGUCGGUCGUCGUCCAAAUGUCUCCCGAGACAACGUUUUGACAGUUUUUGCCCAGCUGGCAAGUCUGCGACUAGAUGCUAGGCGAGCUAUCAUCUCGCUCUUUGACCGAACCACACAAUAUGUUGUCGCAGAAGCAACCUCCCACCUUAGCUUGCGAAGCCCUAAGAGCGGCCAGCGAUCAGAGUCACUUUGGCGUGGGGCACAGCGACUACCACGAGAGAACAUGCCCAUGUGUAAUGAGGCAAUGAAAGUUUUUACGGUAGAAAAAUCAGACAUGUUUUUGCUGCCAGAUCUAACCGCCGAUUGUCGAUUUAAAUCGCACGAAUCUGUGACUGGCCCCCCGCACCAUCGGUUCUAUGUUUCGGUGCCCAUCAAGUCGCCGGAUUCCUAUGUGAUUGGCAGCCUCGCAGUCUUGGAUGAUAAGCCUCGUGAGUGCUUGACAGAUGAGCAAGAUGACUUUCUCAGGGAUCUUAGCCUCACUGUCAUGGACUACUUGCUCUCUCAACGAGCCAUGCGCGAGGAGUUCCGCGAGGAGAAAAUGGUUCGUGCUCUAGGGCUAUUUGUCCAAGGCAAGUCAGAUCUUUCUGAAGGUAUUGACAGCCGAAAUGGGACCAAUACUGAGCUUGACCAUGUCAAUCAAAAGUUGGAACAGCUCAAGUUGUCUAGCAGGAGCAGAAGCCAAGAAGUAGCUGGCGGAAGAGGAAGAACAUCCGAGGCAUCAGAGGAUAUCGCAGUCGACAAAGAAAUUGAGAAUGCGGAGCAGACGCGAAGCCGUUCACCAGUCCACAAGUUUAAGUCUAACGACAGUAUACCGGAUGAACCACAAGAUGAGAAAAAAGAGAAUGACCAAAGACCUGCACUAUCUCCUACUACCAGUCAUCUGCAGAAAUCACUAGCUCCAACCAAAGUUCAAUCGGUUCUCAACCGGGCCUCCUGCCUCAUGAAUCAAGCAUUGGAAGUGGAAGGAGCCAUGUUCAUUGAUGCAACUGUGUAUGCUCGACGUCAAAUGAUUGGAUCACACGGCGAUAAUCAGGAGGAGCCAGCUGGGUUCACUCUCGAGCAGGAUGGACAGGACUACGACGAUGAUGAUGUCAAUGGGCCCAAAAGUCUGGUCCUUGGAUAUUCAACUUCUACUGCUUCCAGUAGAGACGAUAAUGAAAAAGCUAGCCAUUAUGUGUCUCUUCCUGGAUCUUUCGUCACGCAUCUCAUCGAUCGAUACCCUCGAGGCAAGAUCUUUCACAUCGAGAAAGAUGGUUCAGUUGCACUGAGUUAUGUGGGCCUCGCAGAUGAAGUGAGCCAGAUGUACGUUGGCGGGUCAAAGACAAUCAAAGAAGGGUCACCAAGGGAGAUGGAUCUCCGAAAAGAAACGCUGGAGAUUCGGCAGCUUCAUAAAAUCUUGCCGGACGCACGCUGCAUUGCGAUCUAUCCAGUAUGGGACUUCCAGCGCAGCCGUUGGUUUACCGUAAAUCUCGCGUGGUCCAACGAUCCCGGUCGUGUUCUCUCUGAACCUAAAGAUCUGACAUAUCUGGCUGCAUUCAGCAACAGCGUCAUGGCUGAAGUUUCGCGGAUGGACCUUGAGGCUGCCGACAGAGCUAAGAGCGACUUUAUUUCCUCAAUUUCUCACGAGCUUCGUUCACCUCUUCACGGCGUUCUGGGAACUGUUGAGCUGCUUCAGGAAACUGUUACCACCUUCACCCAGCGAGGCAUGGUUGACACCGUGUAUAGCUGCGGUCGGACAUUGCUAGACACUCUGAACCACUUGUUGGACUAUGCAAAGAUCAACACGCUAACGUCUGGGCGACCCCCUGGUCAGGAAGUUCAAAAACCUGGGAGCUCCGAGGCAAAUAUUUCUGUUCCAAGACUUGUUCAAAUCGAGGAUUUGAGCGCUUUGAUGCAGGAAGUCGUAGAAGGUUUGCUUGCGGGCGCUGAAUUCUACAAUCGAGAAACUGAGUCUGCGCCGGAGCGAAGCCGAAAAGACAAACGCAGGGUUUCUACGUCCUCCUCAAUGGGAAGUGAAGAUCACCGCAUUAUGACGAUUGUGGAUGUCGAAUGGCAGGAUAGCUGGCGCUAUCCAAUUUACGCCGGAGCCUGGCGUCGUGUGGUCAUGAACCUGUUCGGGAACGCUUUGAAAUACACCCAAUCAGGGUAUAUCAGGCUACUCAUGAAGAAGGACACAAUGAAGAUGACCGAUAACAAGUCCGUGCCCGCAGUCUGCAUCACCAUUAGCGAUUCCGGUCGUGGAAUGUCCCAGGAUUUUCUUCUUCAUCAUCUUUACAUCCCUUUCCUCCAAGAGGAUACACAAGCUCCAGGAUUGGGCGUAGGCCUUCACCUGGUCCAUCAGAUUGUGAAAUCCCUGAAUGGAAGGAUCCAUUUCAGGAGCGAAGUUGGCAAAGGAACCGAUGUCGACGUGAUCCUGCCCCUUCCAGAACCGAUACCCACCCCAUCACCUCCCUCGCCAUACGUUGAUCUACGUGAUCGACUGAAAGGAAAGACGGUGUCCUUCUUCACACAAAGUUUUGCGAGAGACAAUCUUGGAAUUCGUCCCGAGGUCUUUGACGAAAUCAGGUCCACUCUAAGUCGCAUGGUGGGUGAGUGGUUUGGGCUACGCGUUCUGAGCCAAGAUGAGCUACAACAGCAGCAAGCCGAUUUCUUGAUUGUGACUGAACACGAGUAUCGUUCAUUAGUCCAUCAAUCAACGGAUUCCGAUGUGCGGAGCUUGGUCAAAUCUAGAAUAUCAUUCCCUCUGAUUGUUUUGAGCGCCCAAGCAAGCAGCUGGAAGGUGGUCAAGGAGAACAAUCAAGAUCGAGCCAUCUUCUUAUCCCAGCCAGUCAGCCCCAAAACGCUAGCAACAGUGCUCGAACAUUGCCUUGACGGACAAGACGUGCAAGAUAAUUCUUCAUCUCGAGAUGAUAAUCAAUCGUCCAGAUCAUCUCGUGAAAACAGCACUGAGAUGGCGGGUGGAGAUGACAAAACGACCGAGGAUAGAACAUCGGGUCCGAGUGAACAGGCAGAGCCAACCAAGAAAGUGCUCCUGGUAGAAGACAACAAUGUCAAUCUGAAGAUUAUCGAGACUUGCGUCAGAAAUGCUGGUCUUGCCUAUCAGUCAGCCACAAAUGGCCUCCAGGCGCUUGAGAAGUUCAAGGCUGAACGAUUUUAUGCUGUCGUAAUGGACAUUUCAAUGCCCGUCAUGGACGGCCUCACAGCUACAAGGGAAAUGCGGCACUUCGAAAAGACGGCUGGCCUACCACGCACUCCCAUCGUUAUCCUGACUGCUGUAUUAUCUGCAGACAUACAACAAGAGGCCCAAGUGAGCGGAGUUGACAAGUUCUUGACGAAGCCCACGCCACUCAAAAAGUUGAGAGAUUUGCUUUUUAAACUUGCCACAACUAUAGUUCUGUGA